AUGGAACUAAAAUCAAAUUUUGGUACUACAAAAGGUUCUUUAGAUUCUGAGAGAUCCAUAAUUGAUAAAAUGUAGACUGAACUAAAAGGGGUGUUCUUUAGAGUGAUCUAGUUGAUGUUAAAAGAUGAGGAAUAAUCAAUUCCUUUCACUUGUAUUGGAAUAUUGUUGCAAUACAUGCAGAUCACUUAUAUUGUAUUUAAUAGGUAGAUUUGGAAAGUUUGGCAGAAUGAGAUUCUAUCUAAGCAGCUAAAUAAAAUCUUUGGGUAAGGAAUUAUCUUAAAUUAGAUAUGUAUUGUUGACGCCAUAUUUUGAAAUGAUAAGUUUUUCAGGAUUUGCAGCUAUGAUGUAUGUAUGUUUGGGCCUCGUUUUAUUUUCAUUAAUGCUGAUCUUCUUGUUAAGCUAUAGUAUCAAUAAAUCAAAGAGUUCAUUUACUUGGCCAAUCAUGCUUCUAAGGUUUUUGAUAAGCAUAUUUCUGCAAGCCUUGUAUAUGCCUAUCAUUGAUUUACUUUUAUCUAUGUUGGCAUGUUAAACAGAUCAAAAUGGUGUACUCAAACAUCAACUUUUCGAUGUUCAAUGUUGGUCUAAUAUUCACAUAGUACAUGCAAUUGUAGCAAUAUUUGGAACAAUAUUAUUUUUUAUACUCUGCAUAAUAUUUUCCUUAUUAUACUAUGAAUCAAGGUAUCAACCACAUGAAGCUUCAUCUAAAUUGACAGGAAGAGCUAAUGCAGUUUUUUUGACUUAUGAAUUAAUAAUGGUAAUUUGUUACACAUUUAUGAAUGGUAAGAAUUAUGAUUAUUUGAUGAUAUUAAUUAUGAUGGUUGGAAGUUUCACUAUAUUUUGGAAAAUUCAUGUUGAAGCACCUUUUAAUAAUAUGUAUGUUUAAAAAGCUUGGUCAAUGUUAGUGGCUAUGAAUAUGUGGGGUGCUACUUUAUUGUGUUUUGCUAAAUUCUUAGAAGGAGUCCUCUUUUUUGGUACUGUAUAUGCUUGGUUAGCAGGUUUACCAUUAAUGCUAAUAGCUAUUAUUAGAAGUGAAAAAAUGCAUUAUGAUCUACUUUUACUUAAUCUAAACAAAGUUUAAGAUCCAGAUUAAGUUCUACAUUUGACAAAUCAUCUAUUGAAAUUAUUUUACAAAAGUCAAUAAAAUCAAAAUUGUUCAUUGUUAUUAGAUGGAUUUUUAGAAAUACACAAAGCAACAUGUACAAGAGAAGAUUGUUAUUUAAAAUAAAAGAAAUUAAACAAUUCAAGAUAAUAAAAACCAAUAUUUAAAGAAGGAACUGUGACUGAAAGAGAUGUGGAUCUAUUAAUGGUUAUGGGUUAAAUCUAUUUUAAUCAAAUAAAGAAAUUUCCUAAUGAAAUAAGUCUCCGUAUAAGAUAUUCAUUUUUCUUACUUGACAACUUGAGAUAAAGGUAAUAAGCAUUAAAUGAAUUAAUAUAAGCAGAAACAUUAUGCCCUAGUUUAGAUAAUGAAUUUAUUAUCUUCAGAUAUAAAAAAGUAAUUGAAGAUGAAAUGAAUGCAGCAUAAAAUGAGAAUAUGGGUAAUUUAGAUGUAGCAACAGAAUUAGCAUUUUAAAAUCAUAUGAGAUCUUUUUAAAAUAAAAUUGAAAGAGCUACUUUAAUGCAUAUGGAUUUUUGGUCAUAAUUAUAAGAAGACUCUCCUGAUUUAGGUAAAAUGAAUGAUAUUGGAGCUAAAAUCAAUUUAUCAAUUACUUAAGUAGAAGAACUUUGGAAUAAAAUGUAAAAGAUGACAUAAAAUUUACCUAAAGCUAUGAGAUUAUAUGGAAAAUUUAUUAUUGAAGUAUUAUAAGAUAAAGAUUAUGGAGAAGAAUUAUUAGAUAAAUCUAGACAUCUAUAGACUUAAAAUAAUAAAAUGAAGAAUAAAUAGACAAUAUCUUUAAUAAGUAGUGAGGAUAUUGGAUAUGAGUCAUAGCCUACUCUAUUAGUAUCUACAGCUCAAGAAAAGUUUGCAUAGAUUACAAAUUUGAAUUUGGCAUGUUGCAAUUUAUUUGGUUAUAAUAAAUCAGAAAUGAUAAAUCGUAAGAUUAAUAUAUUUAUGCCAAAUUUGUAUUCAAAAUUUCAUGAUGCUCAUGUUGAGAAUUUUUUAUCAUCAAAUGAUAAUAGGAAUAUUAAUAAAGAGAGAUUGGUGUAUAUCAAAAUGAAAUCAAAUUAUAUCAUGCCUUGUUAUAUAUACUUAAAGGUUAUUUAGUCAAUAGAUGAUAAUGUUUAAUUAGCAGCUUAAUUUAGAGUUCCAAAAUCUUUCAAACCUUCAUGUUAUUUAAUAUUGGAUAGUGAGGAAGUCAUAGAUUCAAUUUCAUCAUCUUGUAUUCCUUUAUUAAAUAUUGAUUCAAAAUUAAUAUCACAUAAAAAGACUCCAAUUACAGAGAUAUUACCAAAUUAUAUGCAAUAGAAAUAAUUAUUUUUAUCUAAAGUUGGAGGUCCAAUUGUUUUCAAUCCUGCUACUCAAUCAGGUGUUAGUAAUAGUCAAUUAGCGUCACAAGAAUUAGAUGAUUAAGACAAGAAAGAUGAUAAUAUUCAAUUUUAAUGUUAUACUUAUGAAGUAAUGAAUGAAAAUCAAGAUUAAGUUGUUGGAUAUAUUGUUAAAUUAGAAUAAUAAGGAACAGAAGCUAGUAUGAAUUUAGAAGUUUAAAAUUUAUAAUAGAAAGUUCUAAGUAAUAGUAUGUAAUUUAAGUACAAUCCUUCUAAAGCUCUAUACUUAGGAGAAUAUGUUGCUGAUACAAAUUCAUAAAGAGUUGAUUAAACCAUAUUAUGGGAUUAAAAUGAUUAAUCCUCUAUGAUUUCUUCAGUUUAAGGUGGAGUUGAAAUUCUUAAAUCUUAAGUUAAAACAGAGAAAUCAGAUGAGCAAAAUGUAUUAUAACAAAUUAGAAUUAAUUAUGCUGAAGGGAUUAAGACUUUGAGAUUAUUUGAGAAUCGUGUACAAGAUAUAGAUGAUAGAGAAGAUAUGAUGUCAGAAGAAGAUGAAUAAUAAGGAAAAAGUGUUUUCUAAAGAUAGUAAGAUGUAGACAAUGAUUAAGAAGGAUAACAAUAAGAUUUUAAUAAUGUAUUUAGAUCAAGAAAGAAUUUAUCACUUGUAGUGAACAGUUAAGUUACACCUCCUGUUGUAACUAAAUUAAGUUGGACUGCCAAUAUUUUAAUACUUGUAUUGGUAGCAUUGAGUUUUGCAGAUUUCUUUGUUUGUUAAGCAUAAUAUGAUGAAAUAUUUAAUACAAUAUUAUUAGUAGAAGAUACUAAUUUAAGAACUGCUGAAUUACAUACUAUAUUAUCAACAGUUUAAAAUUUGUAAAUGUUGAAUUUAAAUAUUUGGAGACUGAAUACAACUGAAAAUAUUACUGCAUUUGAAUAAGAUGAAAAAUAAAAACUUAAUAAUUCUAUAUAGAAGGUUUCUUUAUUAAAUAAAAACUUAAUGUUAUCUGAUAUUUUUAUAAGUGAUGAAUUAAAUGAAUUAUAAAGUGAAGAUGUUGUUAAAAUGAAAUUUGGUGAUGAGUAUUAAAGAUAUGAUAUAAUGGAAGCUACUUAAUAAAUAGUAAGUAAAGCUUUAAAUGUACGUGAUAAGGCAUUAAAAAAUAUUGUUUUUGAAGAUGAUGAUGUUGGAUUUAUUAUUUACAAUCUUCUUAAUGAUCUAGUAUUCUAAUUAAGAAAUUCUAGUAAUUUAUAUGCAGUUGGUUUAACUAAUAAAACAACAGAGAAGAAAGAAACAUUUUUAAUUAUAUUAGGUAUAUCAGCAGGAGCUUUAGGUUUUGGAUUAAUGUUAUUGACAAUCAUAACUUUGUCUGUCAAUAAAACACAAGAAGAAAUAUUAUCUAUGUUUUUAGACAUACCAGAUAAGACAGUUAAAUAUUUGUAUAACAAAAGUGAGAAUUUUAUUUCUAAUUUACAAAUUGGAGAGGAAGAAGAAGUAUUAUCAGAAUUAGAAGAACUUGAAAAAGAAGAAUAAGAGGAACUUAAUAGAACAUUAAAAAGUAAAAGAAAAAAGAAAAAGUUUAAAAAUACUAAUAAAGAUUAACGUAAUUAUAUUUUUGCAUUCUUUUUAAUUAUCUUAAUUUUGUAAGCUUAUUUUAUAUUUAACUAUUUUAUGUCAGACACUCUUUUAAGUAAUUUGGCAUAACUUGUACCUGAAAUUAAUGCAACUUGUAGAGCAGAAGGAUUUUAUCGAUUUGUUGAUAAUGCUGAAAGAUCACUUUAUAUUAAUAGGAAUAUGACAAUUUUGAAUGAAGAUUCUUACACAAUUGUUAAAUCAAAUAUUGAUAAAUUAUAUGCAUUAGAUUCAUCAAUUCAUUAAGAACAUUCAUUAAAUGUAGAUAUUACAAAUUCUAUAUAUUCUGAUGCAUUUAAGUAAAUGUUUAUGCUUCAACCUUGUACUAUUUUAUCUUAAGAUAUGAAUGAAAUGACAGAAACUGAAUGUUAAACAUUUGCUGAUGGUGCUAUGUAUUAAGGAAUGGCAGUAGGAGUUGCACGUUAUUUUGAGAAUAUUAGAUACAUAAUGACAAUAUAUGAUUAAUUUUGGGAUAAUCCUAAAGCAAAUUUUACAGCUAUUGCUAGAGGUUUUACAACUUUUAAAAAUAUCACAUAAGAUAGUGAUAAUGUUAGAAAUUAUAUACUUAAUCUAAACAAUUUUAAUUAAUCCAAAGAAUCAAGAGUUAUUUAAGAAACUUACAACAGAGGUAUUUAUUUAUAUUUAUGAUUACUAAUUUUAGGUACAUUUAGGUAUUUAAUGUAGUAAAUGUAGGCAGGUAUCAAUAACGAUAUUGAAAGUGCAAAAACAUAAAGAUUAGCAUUAUUUAUUGUAUUUGAAGUCUUGCUUUUUAUAAUUUACUUCAUUUUAUGGUUACCAUUAGUAUUAAAGAUGACAAGAGAUAUAUGGAGAACAAGGUCAAUGAUAAUGAUGAUCCCAUUAAGAGUUAUAUAAAGAAUUAGAUCAAUUAAGCAAUUUAUAAAAGAAUUCCUACAUGCAAAAGAUCUUGAUUCUUGAUAUAAUUAUCUAUAUAUAUGCUGA